AUGGGCCGUAGUAACAUUGCUUGUUUUACCGGAUAUUCUGGGGAAUGUCCAAGUGCUCCAGCAAUCCCAAAUGGUUCGCCGUGCAUUGAAGAAGUCCAUCUUUCGUGUCGUCGAUGUUGCCGAGAUGUUAAUGGUACAGGUCUAUGUGAACCUGAACUAGGGGCGGCGGAUCUCGUUGAUGGAACUUGGUGCGCCCAAGGUUACUGUCGGAAAUCAAAAUGUGUCAACGAAGCUGCAGACUAUGUUACCAGACAUUUGAAUGUGCUCAGCGACCGAAGUCGUAUAUGGCCAAUUAUCCAGUCAAAUAUCGUCGCCAUCAUAGUGCUUUUAUCAAUUGCAAUAUAUAUUCCAAUUGGAUGCUGCAUCAGGAGAGCUUUUGCUCACCCUCGAGUUAAUAUGUGUUUCGCUACAACGCAUUUCCGUCAGUUCGGGUAUAUCAGGUGGAAUAUUUUCAGUGCAUGGCACAAUGAUUCAAGAUUCCAGUGUCUUAAACGGUUAGCAAUUUGUGUCUCACGAGCUACUUAUUUACAAACCUGCCUCACUUUUUAUUUUUCUGGUAUCUCUAUAUCGAAAGCACACGGUUCUUUCAGUUGUUAG